AUGAAUGAAGGGGCAGAGAAACUGUUCUUGAAUCAUAUCAAGGAAACUUUUCAGCUAUCUGUUACAACCAACCAGACUGAAUCAACUGAUAGAAGAUAUCCCAAAAGAACUGCUGUACAAAAGCCACUGAAGUACAGGAGAGAUGAAGAGAACUCCAUAGAAGAGUUAGACGAUAGUGUUGAUGAAACAAUGACUGAAAGAAAGAAAAGCCCAAUGACAAGAUCAUCCAAGAUCAAUAACACACCAUCAAGAAUUCCUUGCCGUAAAUCAAUAACACCAGCUCUGGGAAACAUAGCAACUUUAGACAACACAGAAUUGGCUGCAACCUUAACUCAAAUGUUUAAAUCGGUUGAGCAGAUAGACAAGAAUUAUUGUAAUAUCAUCAAAACUGGACAUGUGACUCAAGAAUUAACAGAUCAAAUAAAGGCUGUUAAAGACAGUCUCACAAUACAGUCCAAAGAAAUACAGAAAAUCUCUAAAGUCCUUGCUAACCUAAUGAAGAGUGAUCUGUCUGCCAAAACAUCAACAACCUCCACCAGCAACACCACCAACAACAACAACAAUAACAACAAAGAAGACAUGAUUAAUCUACAGCGGAAACUACACAACAUGGAAGAACAGAUGACUACAAUGGAGAAAACUAUACGUAGUAACAACCAGACCUUACUCUGCAUCUCAGAAGCUCAAGAAACAACUAUGUCAAAAAUACAGAAAUAUCCUGAUUCAUUCACCAGUCUACUACAAGAUAGCAGACAGCUACAACAAGAUCUAAAGAAAAAGGAAAAGGAGAUAGAGCAGACUCAUCUUGAGAAUAAAAAUUUACAGAAACAGCUUGAUGAAUUGAGGUCUUCGAGAUUACAAGACUUGCACUCCCCCAACCUGUAUAAUUCUCUACCUCUAGAUGACUAUGACAAUUCUGACAACUAUGAAUUAGUUACUAACAGGAAGAAAAGUGAUGCAAGGGCUGUGCAGACAAUGAUUGUGGGUGAUUCAUUGCUGAGAGAUGUGGACAUCAAACGUGUGUAUAGGAAUACACAUAUUAGAACACUACGUGGGAGAAAGAUUGAAGAUAUUGAUGAAUACAUACAAUCAACAUCAUACAAGGAUAUCCAAACCAUAGUCAUUCAUGUUGGCACAAAUAACAUUUCAGAUGGGUGCUCAGUUCAGACAUGUGCAGAUGAGUUUGUAACUCUAAUUGAUAAUACCAAACACAAAUAUCCAACAGCGAAAAUCUGUGUCUCCUCCAUCCUACAUCGAAGGGACAACAUUACAACAAAUGAGAACACGGACCAACUAAAUGACAAAUUGAAACAACAGAGUGCUAAUGGGGAUAAUUACAUCUAUAUUGACAACAAUAACAUUAAUUGUGACACUCAUUUGAUAGAUAAUGUGCAUCUGAAUCUCCGUGGGACAGCUGCUCUGGUGAAAAACAUAAAAGAUGCUGUUGGACCAAUAAUUGGUAUUAAACGGGAUGUCAAGAAAACCUACAAAUCUAAAUUAACAACCUCACAGAAUGUCAACAAACAAAAUACCCGCCAACAAUCCAGAAAUCAUACAGACAACAAUCAAGAUUCCUUCUUCCCAGCUGACCCAUACCAAUUCCAACAAACACUAUUGUCUCAAAUGCUAUUUCCAGGAUUAUCAUUUCAACCUGAUUGGAGGAUGCACAUGUACGGUCAAAGACCACAACAAAAUCUUCAAUAA